AUUAUUGUAUUCAUUUUAAUAAAAGUCUGAGGAUGGAGAGUGUUCUUCUUCUUUCAGUAGCAGUAAGUAUACUUCAGUAGCAGUAAGUAUACUUCAGUAGCAGUAAGUAUACUUCAGUAGCAGUGAGUAUACUUCAGUAGCAGUGAGUAUAAUUCAGUAGCAGUAAGUUUAAUUCGGUAUCAGUAGGUAUAAUUCAGUAGCAGUAAAUAUAAUUCAUUAUCAGUAAGUAUAAUUUAGUAGCAGUAACUAUAUCUCAGUAGCAGUAAGUAUAAUUCAGUAGCAGUGUGUAUAUUUCAGUAGCAGUAAGUAUAACUCAGUAGCAGUCAGUAUACUUCAGUAGCAGUAAGUUUAAUUCAGCAGCCGUAAAUAUAAUCCAGUAGCGGUAAGUAUACUUCAGUAGCAGUAAGUAUAAUUCAGUAGAAGUAAGGAUAAUUCAACACAAAUGCUUGGGACUGGUAGUCCUCUUGACCCCUGUAAAUGCUUUGAGACAUAAAAGGAAAUGAGUAAAACAAAGUAGGGUCAACCCUGAAAGAAGGAACGCAACAAAACAACGAACGUGUCGGCAGGAAGCCUUCAUCGGCAAACAAACAACAGAAAAAAGCAGAAUUAAGUUUUAAAAAUAGCACCGAGUUAUGAAGUAGUAUCCGAGACACAUACGCCUAAUUAGCUUGAGACCCUUGGCCAGUAUUGCUUGAUGCUUACUGCGCCAAAUUUUUGUGACCUUGACCUAUAUCCGCACUGUUGGAGAACCCAUAUUGAGUCCUCGUUGCCUGAGAGCCAUGGGCCGCCUUGUCUGAGACUUAUUGCAUGAGACCCCUUAUUUAAGGUUCCUUGUUUGAGAAUCAUUGUUUAGGACUCCCUGUAUGAGACUUUUAGUUUGAGACUCCUUUUCUGAAACUCCUUGUUUGAAACUCUUUAUUUGAGACUCCUUAUUUAAGACUCCUUAUUUGAGAAUCCCUGUUUGAGACGCCUUGUUUGAGACUCCUUGUAUGAGAAUGGUUGUAUGAGACUCCUUAUAUGAGACUCCUUGUAUGAGACUCCUUGUAUGAGACUCCUUGUAUGAGACUCCUUGUAUGACACCCAAUCGUCACACAUUUGUACAGUUUGAUAAGUGCAUCGAGUUAAGAGGGUUUGGAUUGAUUUCAUUGAUCAAUUUGUAGCCUUUACAAUAAGAUAACUGAUGUGUUCCUAGAGUACCUCGUCUACAAUAAGAUAAAUGAUGUGUUCCUAAAGUACUUUGUCUACAAUAAGGUAACUGAUGUGUUCCUAAAGUACCUCGUCUACAAUAAGACAACUGAUGUGUUCCUAAAGUACCUCGUCUAAAAUAAGAUAAAUGAUGUGUUCCUAAAGUACUUCGUCUACAAUAAGGUAACUGAUGUGUUCCUAAAGUACAUCGUCUACAAUAAGAUAACGGAUGUGUUCCUAAAGUACCUCGUCUACAAUAAGAUAAAUGAUGUGUUGCUAGAGUACCUCGUCUACAAUAAGAUAACUGAUGUGUUCCUAAAGUACAUCGUCUACAAUAAGAUAAAUGAUGUGUUCCUAAAGUACCUCGUCUACAAUAAGAUAACUGGUGUGUUCCUAGAGUACCUCGUCUACAAUAAGAUAACUGAUAUGUUCCUAAAGUACAUCGUCUAAAAUAAGAUAAAUGAUGUGUUCCUAAAGUACUUCGUCUACAAUAAGAUAACUGAUGUGUUCCUAAAGUACUUCGUCUACAAUAAGAUAACUGAUGUGUUCCUAAAGUACCUUGCCUACAAUAAGAUAACGGAUGUGUUCCUAAAGUACCUCGUCUACAAUAAGAUAACGGAUGUGUUCCUACAGAACCUCGACUACAAUAAGAUAACGGAUGUGUUCCUACAGUUCCUCGUCUACAAUAAGAUAAUUGAUGUGUUCCUAAAGUACCUCAUCUACAAUAAGAUAAAUGAUGUGUUGCUAAAGUACCUCGUCUACAAUAAGAUAACUGAUGUGUUCCUAAAGUACCUCGUCUACAAUAAGAUAAAUGAUGUGUUCCCACAGUAUCUCGUCAACAAUAAGAUAAAUGAUGUGUUCCUAAAGUACCUCGUCUACAAUAAGAUAAAUGAUGUGUUCCUAAAGUAACUCGUCUACAAUAAAGAUAACUGAUGUGUUCCUAUAGUACCUCGUCUACAAUAAGAUAACGGAUGUGAUCCUACAGUUCCUCGUCUACAAUAAGAUAAUUGAUGUGUUCCUAAAGUACCUCAUCUACAAUAAGAUAAAUGAUGUGUUGCUAAAGUACCUCGUCUACAAUAAUAUAACUGAUGUGUUCCUAAAGUACAUCGUCUACAAUAAGAUAAAUGAUGUGUUCCCACAGUAUCUCGUCUACAAUAAGAUAACUGAUGUGUUCCUAGAGUACCUCGCCUACAGUAAGAUAACUGAUGUGUUCCUAGAGUACCUCGCCUACAAUAAGAUAAAUGAUGUGUUCCUAAAGUACCUAGUCUACAAUAAGAUAACUGAUGUGUUCCUAAAGUACCUCGUCAACAAUAAGAUAACUGAUGUGUUCCUAAAGUACCUCGCCUACAAUAAGAUAACUGAUGUGCUCCUAAAGUACCUCGUCUACCAUAAGAUAACGGAUGUGUUCCUACAGUACCUCGUCUACAAUAAGAUAACGGAUGUGUUCCUACAGUACCUCGUCUACAAUAAGAUAAUUGAUGUGUUCCUAAAUUACCUCGUCUACAAUAAGAUAACGGAUGUGUUCCUACAGUACCUCGUCUACAAUAAGAUAACGGAUGUGUUCCUACAGUACCUCGUCUACAAUAAGAUAAUUGAUGUGUUCCUAAAGUACCUCGUCUACAAUAAGAUAAAUGAUGUGUUCCCACAGUAUCUCGUCAACAAUAAGAUAACUGAUGUGUUCCUAAAGUACCUCGUCUACAAUUAGAUAACUGAUGUGUUCCUAGAGUAACUCGCCUACAAUAAGAUAACGGAUGUGUUCCUACAGUACCUCGUCUACAAUAAGAUAAUUGAUGUGUUCCUAAAGUACCUCGUCUACAAUAAGAUAACUGAUGUGUUCCUAAAGUACCUCGCCUACAAUAAGAUAACGGAUGUGUUCCUAAAGUACCGCGCCUAUAAUAAGAUAACGGAUGUCUUCCUAAAGUACCGCGUCUACAAUAAGAUAACGGAUGUAUUCCUACAGUACCUCGUCUACAAUAAGAUAACGGAUGUGUUCCUACAGUACCUCGUCUACAAUAAGAUAACGGAUGUGUUCCUACAGUACCUCGUCUACAAUAAGAUAAUUUAUGUGUUCCUAAAGUACCUCGACUACAAUAAGAUAAAUGAUGUGUUCCUAAAGUACCUCGUCUACAAUAAGAUAACUGAUGUGUUCCUAAAGUACCUCGUCUACAAUAAGAUAAAUGAUGUGUUCCCACAGUAUCUCGUCAUCAAUAAGAUAACGGAUGUGUUCCUAAAGUACCUCGUCAACAAUAAGAUAAAUGAUGUGUUCCUAAAGUACUUCGUCUACAAUAAGAUAACUGAUGUGUUCCUAGAGUACCUCGUCUACAAUAAGAUAACGGAUGUGUUCCUAAAGUACCUCGUCUACAAUAAGAUAACUGAUGUGUUCCUAGAGUAUUCGCCUACAAUAAGAUAACUGAUGUGUUCCUAAAGUACCUCGUCUACAAUAAGAUAACUGAUGUGUUCCUAAAGUACCUCGUCUACAAUAAGAUAACUGAUGUGUUCCUAAAGUACCUCGCCUACAAUAAGAUAACUGAUGUGUUCCCACAAUAGCUCGUCAACAAUAAGAUAACUGAUGUGUUCCUAAAGUACCUCGUCUACAAUUAGAUAACUGAUGUGUUCCUAAAGUACCUCGUCUACAAUAAGAUAACUGAUGUGUUCCUAAAGUACCUCGUCUACAAUAAGAUAACUUAUGUGUUCCUAAAGUACCUCGUCUACAAUAAGAUAAAUGAUGUAUUCCUAAAUUACCUCGUCUACAAUAAGAUAACUGUUGUGUUCCUAAAGUACCUCGUAUACAAUGAGAUAAAUUAUUUUUUCCUAAAGUACUUCGUCUACAAUAAGAUAACUGAUGUGUUCCUAGAGUACCUUGUCUACAAUAAGAUAACUGAUGUGUUCCUAGAGUACCUCGUCUCCAAUAAGAUAAAUGAUGUGUUCCUAAAGUACCUCGUCUACAAUAAGAUAACUGAUGUGUUCCUAAAGUACCUCGUCUACAAUAAGAUAACUGAUGUGUUCCUAAAGUACUUCGUCUACAAUAAGAUAACUGAUGUGUUCCUAGAGUACCUGGUCUACAAUAAGAUAACUUAUGUGUUCCUAGAGUACCUCGUCUACAAUAAGAUAACUGAUAUGUUCCUAGAGUACUUCGUCAAUUACCAUACUAUUACUCAGGUGUUCUUUAUCAUAAUAUUACUCAGAGUGAACUGCUUUAUUGCUGUAACAUGUGUAGUAUUGUAGCUAGUGGGGCUGUGUGGUAGCACGUCUGUGUAGUAGUGUAGCCAGUAGGGCUGUGUGGUAGCUCACCUCUGUAGUAGAGUAGCAAAUGGGCUGUGUGGUACCUCUCCUCUGUAGCCAGUGGGUCUGAGGGGCAGCUCACCUGUGUAGUAGUGUAGCCAGUGGUGGUCUGUGGUAGCUCACCUUUGUAGUAUUGUAGCCAUUGCGGCUGUGAUGUAGCUAAUCUGUGAGGUAGUGUAGCAAGUGGAGCUGUGUGGUACUUCGCCAUUGUAGCCAGUGGUAGCAAACACGUGUAGUGCUGUAUCCAGUGGGGUAGCCAGCCUGUGUAGUAGUGUAGCCAGUGGUUCUGUGGGGUACAUAUUGAUUUUUUUUUCUUAAAGCUAGUGAAUUGAGUUAAGUAAAACCAAUCCAAGACUGAAUCACACCUAUGACUGUUGUUUCUCCAGAUGGCUCAGAUUCUGUCAGCAGACGCAGCCGUCCCAGGAAGACUUGAGGACGGUUGUUUGAAAGUUUCUUGUAACUGCACCACCGCGCCAAUCUGCAGAAUGGCCCAACUUUGUGCUGGACUCUACUGUCCACUUGAAGCCAGGUGUUUGACUUGUCUGCCUAAAGGUUGCUGCGUUUAUCUCUGGUCUUUGAGGGAGGGAAAUGGAAUGGAAUAGGGAAGGGAAAUGGAAAGGAAAGGAAAGGGAUAUGGAAGGGAAAUGGAAGGGAUAUGGAAGGGAAAUGGAAGGGAAAUGGAAGGGAAAGGGAAGGGAAAUAGAAGGGAAAUGGAAGGGAAAUGGAAAGGAAAUGGAAGGGAAAUGGAAGGGAAAUGGAAAGGAAAUGGAAGGGAAAUGGAAGGGAACUGGAAGGGAAAUGGAAGGGAAAGGGAAGGGAAAUAGAAGGGAAAUGGAAGGGAAAUUGAAAGGAAAUGGAAGGGAAAUGGAAGGGAAAUGGAAAGGAAAUGGAAGGGAAAUGGAAGGGAACGGACGGGAAGAAAGGGGAAGGGAAAGGAAGUGGAAGGGAAGAGAAAGGAAGUGAGUUAAUGGAAAGGAAGGGAGGGGAAGGGAAGAGAAAGGAAGUGAGUGAAUGGAAAGGAAGGGAGGGGAAGGGAAAGGAGAAGGAAAGAGAAGGGAAGGGAAGGAAAUGGAAGAAAGGAAGGCAAAGGAAGGGAAGGGAAUGGCAGUAGAAUUUGUGGCGUGGGGGCUUGUACAAUGAAAUUGUUAUCCAUUGGGGCUUUGGGCACAAGUUGUUUGGUGCGUGAUGAUUUAGUAGUAUGAGAUAUUUGUGUCAACGUAAUAUUUGAAAACAAUAUUUAAAUAUGUCGCUUGGACAUCUGUGUCGUGGUGUGUACACAUAUUUGUAACAUACCAUUUUAGUAUCACUUGUACAUCUGUGGCCAAAAAUGUCACAGAAAAGACACAAGAAAACGUCAAAGGAAAAGUUCAUAGGAAAAAGUCACAGAAAAAACAGUCCCUGGAAAAAUACCAUAGAUAAAAGUCACAGGAAAAAAAGUCACAUUAAAAACUUUAUAUUAACCGUAAUUUUAUUUAUAAGACAAUACAACUUUUUUGUUUUGUUACAGACUAAAUAUCAGACAAUGGACAUAAACCAAGUGGUCGCUGUUUGAUUCUAGCAUGGGAUUAAAUAUGUGUAUGUUGUUUGUGUUUUGUAUACAUACGAGGAUCACACUUUUCACUCUAUGAUUUAAUUAAAAUUAUUUUCAUUGUCAUGCAUGAAGCAAAUAAGCACGAAUAUUGUAAGGAAACCUUGCUUGCUCUCUGCUAACCUUCAUCUAUAUCUGGCAUUCACUAAGGAAACAACUCAGGCGAUAACAAUUGAUGAUUAUAAUCUUGUUCUUUAUUAGGCUGACACUUCGCUUAUACUUUCUCUCAUCUCACAACUCUGACUGCCCUCUUCUCAUACCGUCCGAGUUCUCCCUAUUAUCUGCUUCUCUGUCCGGCCGCGUUCUAUUCCGUACCGUCCAGAGGUCCCUAUUUAUAAGUCCCUGGUUCAUAGAGUUCCCUUCCCAGGUCUGUACUCGCGCCGCCCCUUUUCCUGAAUCGGCGCCAGGUUACCAACCAGUCGUCCCAGGGAAAUGCCCUGGUCAGAUGGCCGGUACCGCCCCCGGCGCUUGAUCCGUCGAUCGUGAUCCCUGGUCAGAUGGCACCGGCUGUACCUGGUCAGACCGGCCGGUAAUCCCUGGUCAGACGCCCCCGCGCCGUCGUAGUCCGAACUCUCCACAAUAUUACAGAUUGAAUAGCAAUAAAGUAACUAAGCGAUUGGGUAGAGAUUAAGCUCUCGUCCAAAAUGGAUUGUGAUUUAGAGAUUAUCAUCUCGCUCUAAAAGAUUGUGAUUUAGAGAAUGCGCUCGCGUUCUAAAAGAUUGUGGUUUAGAGAUUAAGCUCUCGUCCAAAAUGGAUUGUGAUUUAGAGAUUAAGCUCUCGUCCAAAAUGGAUUGUGAUUUAGAGAUUAAGCUCUCGUCCAAAAUGGAUUGUGAUUUAGAGAUUAAGCUCUCGUCCAAAAUGGAUUGUGAUUUAGAGAUUAUCAUCUCGCUCUAAAAGAUUGUGAUUUAGAGAAUGAGCUCGCGUUCUAAAAGAUUGUGGUUUAGAAAUUAAGCGCUCGUCCAAAAUGGAUUGUGAUUUAGAGAUUAAGCUCUCGUCCAAAAUGGAUUGUGAUUUAGAGAUUAAGCGCUCGUCCAAAAUGGAUUGUGAUUUAGAGAUUAUCAUCUCGCUCUAAAAGAUUGUGAUUUAGAGAAUGAGCUAGCGUUCUAAAAGAUUGUGGUUUAGAGAUUAAGUUCUCGUCCAAAAUGGAUUGUGAUUUAGAGAUUAAGCUCUCGUUCAAAAUGGAUUGUGAUUUAGAGAUUAAGCUCUCGUCCAAAAUGGAUUGUGAUUUAGAGAUUAAGCUCUCGUCCAAAAUGGAUUGUGAUUUAGAGAUUAAGCUCUCGUCCACAAUGGAUUGUGAUUUAGAGAUUAUCAUCUCGCUCUAAAAGAUUGUGAUUUAGAGAAUGAGCUCGCGUUCUAAAAGAUUGUGGUUUAGAGAUUUAGCUCUCGUCCAAAAUGGAUUGUGAUUUAGACAUUAUCAUCUCGUUCUAAAGGAUUGUGAUUGUUUUCUCGCACGGCGUACGGAUGUUCUUAUUUUGUUUGUUGUUAAGCGUGUGUGUGUGUGUGAUUGUCAUUUUAAAGAAUUCGCCCUUGACCUCUCUGACACAUCUCACAUACUAAAGGAAUCAAAGGAAAUCGAGGGACGUUGCAUGGUGGUAGUAGUUUAGUGAUAACUCUAUCCAGACAAAGUAUCCAUGGCCUCAAUGCGGCGUUGGACCAAAAGACCAAAGUUUGGUAAAAUUCCUUUGUUUCCCUUGUCUUGUCAGAAUUUACUCCAAACAACUCAAAAUUAUUUUUUACGUUUCACAUUCAGACGUAUCUAUUAAUAUUUAUGUGAUACUCAUCAAUGCAUAUGUAUGUUUUUUUGUAAAUGCGUCUGAUUAAUGCGUCAUAAUUGUUCUUUUUUUCUUCUAAUAAAUUUUCUUCUCGUGCCUUGUGGCUCCAUUUACUGAUAUUUAGUCUAUCAUAAAUAUUUAUAUAGUUUAUAUGGAGUUACAAAAAAAAAUUACGGUUAAUAAAAAAAAAAUUGUGAAUUUUUUUCCUGCGACGUUUAAAAAAAUAAUCUACAAUUGGUCCAGAGGGUCCACAUUACAUAGCAUCAACAAGUCUGGCGUUCAUCAGAGUAAACUAUAGUUGGUUUCUAUCAAGCUGACGUUCAUCAGAGUAAACUAUAGUUGGUUUCUAUAAGGCUGACGUUCAUCAGAGUAAACUAUAGUUGGUUUCUAUCAAGCUGACGUUCAUCAGAGUAAACUAUAGUUGGUUUCUAUAACGCUGACGUUCAUCAGAGUAAAAUAUAGUUGGUUUCUAUAAGGCUGACGUUCAUCAGAGUAAACUAUAGUUGGUUUCUAUAAGGCUGACGUUCAUCAGAGUAAACUAUAGUUGGUUUCUAUAAGGCUGACGUUCAGCAGAGUAAACUAUAGUUGGUUUCUAUAAGGCUGACGUUCAUCAGAGUAAACUAUAGUUGGUUUCUAUAAGGCUGACGUUCAUCAGAGUAAACUAUAGUUGGUUUCUAUAAGGCUGACGUUCAGCAGAGUAAACUAUAGUUGGUUUCUAUAAGGCUGACGUUCAGCAGAGUAAACUAUAGUUGGUUUCUAUAAGGCUGACGUUCAUCAGAGUAAACUAUAGUUGGUUUCUAUAAGGCUGACGUUCAUCAGAGUAAACUAUAGUUGGUUUCUAUAAGGCUGACGUUCAUCAGAGUAAACUAUAGUUGGUUUCUACAAGGCUGACGUUCAUCAGAGUAAAAUAUAGUUGGUUUCUAUAAGGCUGACGUUCAGCAGAGUAAACUAUAGUUGGUUUCUAUAAGGCUGACGUUCAGCAGAGUAAACUAUAGUUGGUUUCUACAAGUCUGACGUUCAGCAGAGUAAACUAUAGUUGGUUUCUACAAGUCUGACGUUCAGCAGAGUAAACUAUAGUUGGUUUCUAUAAGGCUGACGUUCAGCAGAGUAAACUAUUGUUGGUUUCUAUAUGGCUGACGUUCAGCAGAGUAAACUAUAGUUGGUUUCUACAAGUCUGACGUUCAGCAGAGUAAACUAUAGUUGGUUUCUACAAGUCUGACGUUCAGCAGAGUAAACUAUUGUUGGUUUCUAUAAGGCUGACGUUCAGCAGAGUAAACUAUUGUUUGUUUCUAUAAGGCUGACGUUCAUCAGAGUAAACUAUUGUUGGUUUCUAUAAGGCUGACGUUCAGCAGAGUAAACUAUAGUUGGUUUCUAUAAGUCUGGCGUUCAGCAGAGUAAACUAUUGUUGGUUUCUAUAAGUCUGGCGUUCAGCAGAGUAAACUAUAGUUUGUUUCUAUACUACAUGAAUUCCAAGGAAACAAACACAAGGCCUUAUGACGCCACAAAUAAAAGCCAUUACAGCCAUAUAACGCUAUCUAGCAAAGAGCAUUUUUUUCCUUAUUACAUUUUUUUUUUAAAUAUAUAUAUACACUUUCUUUAAGAAAUUAUUAAUUUUUAUUUAUAAAACUUCUUUAAGAAUUAGAUAAUAUAAAAUAUGUAUAUCAGCCAUCGAUUUUGACCUUCUUUUUUAAUUUGGGCCUGCUGUCACCUGGCCCAGCGUAAGUUACUCCUCUAGUGGCAGUUAUAUCUUGUAAAUAUCAUUUAAGUAUUUAGUCUGCUGUAUUCCAGAUUUUGACAGUGUGUGUACCAGGAACGGCUAUUUAUAUGCUGUCAUGGUUGAUGAUGGGAACCAGCCAAGGUAAAUAGUUCUGUCAUGGUUGAUGAUGGGAGUCAGCCAAAGUAAAUAGUUAUGUCAUUGUUGAUGAUGGGAACCAGCCAAGAUAAAUAGUUAUGCUAUUGUUGAUGAUGGAAGCCAGCCCAGAUAAAUAGAUCUGUCCUUGUUGAUGAUGGGAACCAGCCCAGGUAAAUAGAUCUGUCCUUGUUGAUGAUGGGAACCAGCCCAGGUUAAUAGUUCUGUAAUUGUUGAUGAUGGGAACCAAGCACAGUUAAAAAGUUAUGUCAUUGUUGAUGAUGGCAGCCAGCCCAGGUAAACAGUUCUGUCAUUAUUGAUGAUGGCAGCCAGCCCAGGUAAAUAGUUAUGUCAUUGUUGAUGAUGGGAACCAGCCCAGGUAAAUAGUUCGGUCAUUGUUGAUGAUGGGAACCAGCCAAGGUAAAUAGUUCUGUCAUUAUUGAUGAUGGCAGCCAGCCAAGUUAAAUAGUUCUGUCAUUGUUGAUUAUGGGAGCCAGCCAAGGUAAAUUGUUCUGUCUUUGUUGAUUAUGGGAGUCAGCCAAGGUAAAUUUUUCUGUUUUUACAAAAGUUAUGAAAUAAGAUUGAGUAAUAUUUAGGAAAGUCUCUUGAUUUCCUCUGCAUGGCCUAACAGUAUACGCGUCUAAGUGGAUUGAUGAAUCUUGGCCAAAGUUGUCCCCCCUAUAUUAGGGAUAACUUUAAGUGUACCCCAUGGAACGAGAUCCAUUAUGGAACAAGAUCCCACCAGGCAUUGGGGCCCUCUGGAGAAGGAAUCUACUGGAGAACGGGCUCCAUUGGGGACCGGGAUCCCUACGAGGAACGAGGUUCUACCGGGAAUGGGAUCCUUAUGGGAUCCUAAGUUUAUUUUAAGUGAUGUUGGUGAAUUUUUUUUUUAAUUUGAAAACUUUCAAAAGUUCGUUUUCACUUCAAUCGUGAUUUUUUGUUUACUUUUCUUUCUUGGCCAAGCUUGAAUAUUACCGUAUUUAUUGGCGUAUAACACGCACAGACGUAUUUAUUUAUUUAUUUAUUUAUUUAGGCAUUUUUUAUAUAGCGCUUACCUUAAAGCUCUAAGCCCUUUACAAUUAUUAAAAACAUGUAAACUAAGUAAAAUAAAAAUGAGACACAAGGAUAGUAACUACUAUACUAUAGAAACAAUUAAAAUGGCUAUAAAACGAGGACACUUUGACACGUUUUGGCCUAUAAUGCAGGAUCAACCCGAGACAGAAAAUGAGGCAGGGCAAGGAGGGUGCAUCACAGGUCAUAGGCGGACCUAAACAGAUGGGUUUUAAGGGACUUUUUAAAAGUGGACGAGGUUUCACAAUGACGGAUAUGGAAGGGGAGCUGGUUCCAGAACGUGGGCCCAUGGAAGUCGAAGGAGCGUUCACCGAUGGUCUUAGUUUUGGUUCUUGGGAUUGAGAGAGUUCUACUGUCAAUGGAAGAGCGUAGUUGUCUUGUGACGUAUAACACGCACCACUCGCGCCGGUAUGCGGUAUGUGCUAUGGGUCCUUACCAUUAUAUCGGCGUAUAACACGCACACCUCAUUUGCCACCUAUUUUCAGGGAGAAAAAGUGCGUGUUACACGCCGAUAAAUACGGUAAUUUAAACUGACCAGGCUUACCUCUUGUUCCGUGUCAGGACUCCGGACAAUUUUUUUUAUUUUUAAUGCAAUUGUAAAACAAGGUAUGUUGAAGCUCGAAUCAAAAGACGGUUCACAGUCGGCUUCGAGCUGACCCUUCUUUCGUUGGGAGUAAGCCAUGCUCAAGAAGCCGGUGUAGGACUUGUCCCUAUACACGCCCAACAAAAGACAAUUGCCUCUGUAAAGGUCCCUUUACACCAACGAGGGUUUCACAUGCGUCAGUCGGAAUGUGAUACAUGUGAAUAUGUGCCGUAGAUGUCAUUCCAGUUAUAUAGGCGAAACAGGGAGGAGAUUGUCAGAUAGGCUCACAGGACAUCUUCCGGAUCUUGGGCAAGGUAAACUUUCCCCAGUCUCUUCACAUUUCAACAGAGGUGUAUUAGAUGUAAUCAUUACGGCACUAAUUUCCUGUACAAACAUACCAGAGAGAGUUAAAUUUAUGGAAAACAAAUUUAUUAUGCAUUUCGGCACCAUAUCUCCAUUUGGUAUUAAUCAAAUACUCUCCUACUAGUGUUUCUCAAUUUUCCUGUAUUUCUUCUUAUUUUUAUUAUUAUUAUUAUUAUUAUUAUCCCUCAGAUUUUUAUGUAUCCUUAAUUAGUUUGGUUCGUUAAGAUUUUAUUCUUUAUUUUUCACAGUAUCAAUAUUUAGUUUCUUUCACUUCCUGUAAUCCUGCUUCCGGCAACAACAAGGAGAGCACUAACGUUGUUUACUCUGCUCUGUUUCUUGUCUUACUUCUAUUUGUCCUCUUCGCCGAAGAAGGCUCUGAGCCGAAACCUUCACAUCUUAUUGUCAUGUCUUUUGAUUCAAGCUUCAACAUACCUUGUUUUACUAUUUCAUUCACAUAGCUUGAAUGCAGCCCUUCAAUUAUUAUCAACAUUUUUAACCAACAUCUCAUUUUUUCACGGACCUGCUUUGUAUAGUCAUGUUGAAAGUGUUAUUUAAUUUUAAAAAGUGUUGCUCUUUUCCUCCUCCCCCCACCCCCCAACUCCCCAGUGGAAUCGUUGAACGCAAGUGUCUCCUCCAUCAAGGAAACACCGAGCCCAACUGCCCCAGCGGUUCGAUCUGUGUAGCAGACGAUAGAGGUUUCGGUACGUGCUGCUACGGCAGGCCCAAACCCGACCCCCUCGAGGAGCCGGUGUCGUCGAAAAAGAAACCAAAAACGUGUCCCCAGGUCAGCAACAAGUGCGACCGUUGCCAACGGGACCGGGACGUCUGCAAAGAGUUCACCAUCUUCUGCUUGAUCCCGCCUUGCCCUGACCCCACUUACAAGUGCGUCCCUAUCAACAGACAAGGGGAGUGCCCGCCCCCAUCCAGGGUCUGCGAGAGGAGAUUCCACCGCUGCUUCUACGACUACGAGUGUAGCGGGACCUUGAAAUGCUGUCCAGACGACUGCCAAAUAAGAAGCUGCGUCCCAUCGGUUCCGGUAUCGGAGGUUGGCUGUUUGUAUUCGAAUUGAACCAAGGGAAAUCACUCUUAUUUUUGUUCAUUACCAUUAAAUAUAUCAGUUCUCUAC